CUUUAUGGGGCGCCGUUUGUAAAUUUAUUAUUUAUCAAAGUUUUCUUUAAAUUUUGUGCAAUAUAUUUAGCUAUUUAUAAAUAACGUAAAUUUAUCCACGAAAAAUAUGCGAUUUAUAAAUCACAAACAUUGAGCGAUCUAAGGAGUUGCUAUUUGUAAAUCGCAAAAAUUGAGAAAUCCAAAACAUUGCGAUUUAUAUAUCGCAAAAAUUACAACUCAAGAGUUUUACUAUUUCUAAAUCACAAAAAUCCAAAAAGUUGCGAUUUAUAAAUCGCAAAAAAAUGACAACUCGAGAUAUUUGUAAUUUAUAUAUCACAAAAAUUAGGAAAGUGCAAUAUACAUAUCGCAAAAAAAAUGAAAACUCAAGAGUUUUACUAUUUACAAAUCACAAAAAUCUAAAAAGUUGCGAUUUAUAAAUCGUAAAAAAUGACAACUCGAGAAAUUUGUGAUUUAUAAAAAAAUAAAAAAUAAAAAAAAAUAAAUCAAUAAAAAGUACGGUAUAUAUAUUAUAUAAAUUUAUAUCGCAAAAAAAUAUUCCAGGAAAAUAGUGUAUGAAAAUUAAUUGACAAUGUUUUAAAAUAUUGUUGGGCUACCUGUGUCGAUCGGAUAGACCACAUGGUCGCUUGAUCGGCUACUCUCUUCGGCGACUUUGAUCAAUCGUAAUCGUCCCUAAUGAAUUCAACACCGCCUUCCCAGCUGGCUUUAGCCAUUGAAAAGRCACUAGUUGAGCUUAAUGGCACCAAGGAGAACACCAGUAUGAGCACACCUCAGCAUUCAGCGCCACCUUUGCCGUCUGCUUUUCAACCUACACCAAGAUGGAGGCCCCCACCGAAAAAAUCCAAAAAAAAUGACACUAAAACACCUAAAAAUAGGAAAAUAUACACCAAAAACAUCGUUUGCUUGGUUCCCGUGCAGGAUGGCACUUCUAAACCUCUUUCAAUACCAAGGGGAGAGGCAAGGGCUAACCUAACUGAGCAUGGCCUCGUUGGAAAAAUUAACAUUGAAUAUUCCAUGUCAGCAGAAGACAUUCACGAUGAAAUAUGCAGUCUUUUCAAAGACUGUUUUGCAGCAGAUGGACUUAAUUACAGCUACCUGAGCAUAAUGCCUGGUACCAAAAAGCUGCACAUACCAAAAACAACAAAGGCUUUUGUCUGGGAUGCUCCCCAGGUACUGAGCAUUUGCACUCGAGACACAUUAUAUAUAUUAUCAAGCUCCAACCCUAUAGUUUCGACGAAGAAUGAGUCAGUUUCUGAUGAGGACUCUUCAGACGAGUCUUUAAUGCAUCCAGUAUUUGGUGACUCCAAAGGAAAUACUUGCAGAAAUGAAAAUGCGGAUGCCAACAUCUCAAGUUCCUCAAAUAUAUUCAGUUCUUAUGCAUCACUCAUAAAUAAAGAAAUAAUAGAAAUACCUUCCGAUGAAGAUGAAGUUGAUCAUAAAUCUGAAAGUGACAACAGCCAAACCUUGACACCCAUAACAGAUAUAUUGGACAAGCUGCAAGCGCCUCUUACAGAAUCCAAUAGCGUCUCAAGUAUCAACAUACGCAGACAAUUUGUACUUGAGGAUACUAUUAGAUUUCUAAAACGAAAACGCUUUGACGAAAAAGCAACAAUCUCUGUAAGAUUUGCAGACGACCACGGAGUCGGGGAGGGAGCGAUUGACGCAGGGGGACCCCGACGGGAAUUUUUAAGACUGUUAGUCAAGGCAGUGAACGAGCAGUCCGGUGUUUUUUGCGGCCCCAUUGAUGGCCGAACACUACAGGCUAAUGCCUCAGCUCGAGAAAAGGACCUAUAUAGGUUCACAGGAACCAUCCUGGCGUGGGCAAUUGUACAUGGCGGCCCUGCCCCAAGAUUUUUUAGUACAUCACUGUACAAUGCUUUAUCGUCAAAUGGGGUUACAGUGGUUAGAAAAGAGGAUAUCGCAGACCCUUCUUUGAAGGAAUGUGUGUACAAAAUAGCGUCAUCGUCAAAUCUAGAAGAACUUAGAAAGAACCUCUCGGUUCCUGAAAUCUCCACCAUUCUGGAGGCCCAGGGAGUUGCCACAGCCCUUAUCAAGUCCAUCGACGACAAAGAUUGGCUGUGCAAUCUUAUAGCGAGGCAUAUCAUUGUAGACGCGCCCAGGUCCUUUCUGGAAGACCUCAAGUCAGGGUUGGAAACUCUUGGUGUUCUCCAAAAAAUGCACGAAUUUCAAGAAGAAUUCAGGGACAUUUUCGUCCCUAGUAAAAGUAAUUCGAAAAUUGACGCCCAGACCAUAGACAGUUUAUUUGUCAUCGACUAUGCAGAAAUGGGCUCCAAUUUAAGAAGCAAACAAGAAAUUGCUGUUGUGUACUGGAGAGAUUACUUGCAAGACUGUGAAUGUGGCUCAGAAUCAAAGGCGACACUAAAAGAUGUUAUGGUGUUCAUCACAGGAGCAGAGGAGCCCCCGCCGCUAGGAUUCGACUCAUAUCCAACCAUAGAGUUCACCGAUGACCGUCUUCCAACUGCCAAUACAUGUGGUACUGUGCUGCGACUACCAACGUCGUACACACAGUACGAUGAUUUCAAGGAGGCCAUUGAUUUUGCUAUUCUAAACUCACCAUGUUUCGGACAAAUUUAGUUCCUUUUAUAAACGUUUUGUUUGAGUGCUAUUUUCUGCACCGCCGUUCUAUUUGAUCGCUUUUGCAUGCAGUGCUCUCAGUAAAAGAACAAAAAAGAUUUACUCGGGUACCUCAAUGAACACUUUAUAGUAUGAUCAUAACGUAAGAACAUCUCUUCGAAAUUAAAACAAGUGUCUAGCUUUAUUGUAAGCCCUUACAUUCAAUAACACAUAUAAUACUAUAAACAUUGAUAUAACAUGCUUUGCCUUCAUGUUUAUUAUAUCUUGCAGCAAAACGUUUUGCAAACCGUUUGUUUUCGUUCUCAUUCUAAGAUAAAAUUCUUAAAAAUAAGGUUUUCUAUUUUUUAUUCGGUUCGGUAUCCUAGGCAUUUGCUCGCUGUGAUUGGCUAGUGCGCGGUCCGGUUUUUCACGAUCUGUCCGGUCCGACGGAGCAAAGUUGCAUAAAAUACAAAUAAAAAAAAUACAAAUAUUAUUUACCGGCUAUAGGUUGGUCUGUGAAGGAAAACACUGCCCUCGGUCUUUUAUGAACGGACCUCGCUGCGUUUGUUCCGUACUGCCAAGACCAAGGGCAGUGUUUUCCUAUAUGGACCGACCUAUAUUUUUUCUAUUUGUAUUUUAUGCAACUUUGCUCGCAGGGCUAGCUGCAGGAUACCGUGGAUAGAGCAGAUCGUGACAUACCGGACCGCGCGCUAGCCAAUCACAGCGCGCGAAUGACUAGGAUACCGGCUCGAAAAAAAUAAAUAACAUAUAUGUAUCGCUAUGAAAUGAAUUGUACACUUCAGAACCAGGACAGUAGGGAAAAUGUUUUAAAGGAAGAAACGUUAUAUUAAACUAACAACUUUGCGCAGAAUUAAGCCGUUUGCUAGGCCGUUUUUAAAAUCGACUCAACAGAAAAAAAGGUGUUUUGAGUAAUCAUUUGUUUUAAGUUUAAGGUUCAUAAAAUACUGUUAUUGUUAGAAACAAUUUUCAAAUAGGAUGAAUUUUUAAAAGCUUGUAUAUGAAUGUAUAAGUAAUAAACAUCUAGAAAGAU